UGCCUUCAUCUCCAGCAUAGAGUAUAUGCAACCACCACCUUCUGAAGAGGCCCCCCCUCCUCAGGCUCCCCAACACUAAAGCCCCUCUCUCUCUCUCUCUCUCUCUCAUACUGAAACAUAAUUGGUACAAUCCAAGCUCAUAAAAGAUCAGAAAAUUGUGAGCAAUCAGCGAGAAGCAAAGCAAAUUAGAGAGGGAAAUGGAGGGCAGGAGAAGUGAGUACAAGGACGGUGAACUGAAUAAUAUGAUCGAAGAAACCACUUUUGAUUGGAGAGGCAGGCCUUCCAAUCCUCGCAAGCAUGGCGGCAUGAGAGCCGCAACCUUCGUCCUUGGACUACAAACGUUUGAGAUAAUGGCAAUAGCAGCGGUCGGGAACAACCUGAUAACCUACGUGAUCAACGAGAUGCACUACUCACUGUCUAAAUCGGCCAACAUCGUCACCAACUUCGUUGGCACCAUCUUCAUCCUCGCCCUCCUGGGUGGCUACCUCUCCGACUCCUACCUCGGCAGCUUUUGGACCAUGCUCAUCUUCGGCUUCGUCGAGCUCUCUGGUUUCAUAUUGUUGUCGGUCCAAGCACAUCUGCCACAACUCAAGCCACCAAAAUGCGACAUGAUCCAUAGCCCUUCUGACUGCGUUGAAGCGAAGGGCUUCAAAGCGUUCAUCUUCUUUGUAGCCCUCUAUCUAGUCGCGCUAGGAAGCGGGUGCGUGAAGCCCAACAUGAUCGCCCACGGCGCAGACCAGUUCAAGAGGGACGACCCCAGCCAGUCCAAGAAGCUGUCCUCGUACUUCAAUGCAGCCUACUUCGCGUUCUCGGUUGGGGAGCUCGUGGCCCUGACCGUGCUCGUGUGGGUACAGACUCACUCGGGCAUGGACGUUGGGUUCGGUGUGUCUGCGGCUGUCAUGGCCAUGGGGUUGAUCAGCUUGGUCUCUGGCACUCUUUACUACAGAAACAAGAGGCCCCAAGGAAGCAUCCUCACUCCUCUUGCCCAAGUAAUAGUGGCUGCUAUAGCGAAGAGGAAUCAGGUGCUGCCGUCGAAUCCGCAGCUGCUUCACGGAAGCCAGAACAGUGUGAAUGAUAGCAACAACGACGGCUCAUCCUCAUCGCCUCAUGGUGGUCACCUUUUUCGCACCGAAAGGUUCAGGUUCUUGGACAAAGCAUGCAUCAAGACCCAAGAGGAGGGGAAGAGCAGGGAGAGCCCAUGGAGGCUGUGCACAGUGAGCCAAGUGGAGCAAGUGAAGAUCCUCCUCUCCAUCAUCCCUGUAUUUGCAUGCACCAUCAUCUUCAACACCAUCUUGGCUCAGCUCCAGACCUUCUCGGUCCAGCAAGGCUCCUCCAUGAACAACCACCUCACCCGCUCCUUCCACAUCCCUCCCGCCUCCCUCCAGGCCAUCCCUUACCUCAUGCUCAUCUUCGUCGUCCCGCUCUACGACACCCUCUUCGUCCCCUUUGCACGCCGGUUCACUGGCCGUGACUCUGGGAUCUCGCCCCUCCAGCGCAUCGGCUUCGGCCUCUUCCUGGCCACCUUCUCCAUGAUUGCCGCCGCCCUCAUGGAGCGCAAGCGGAGGGACGAGGCGGUCGGCAAUGGCAAGAUCAUUUCCAUCUUCUGGCUCACACCGCAGUUCUUGAUCUUCGGGCUCUCCGAGAUGCUCACUGCCGUCGGGCUCAUCGAGUUCUUCUACAAGCAGUCGUCAAAUGGAUUGCAAGCGUUCUUGACGGCGAUUACGUACUGCUCGUACUCAUUCGGGUUCUAUUUCAGCUCCUUGUUGGUGUCCCUGGUGAACAAGGUCACGGCGUCGAACGGUAAUGGCGGUUGGCUCGGCCAGAAUGACUUGAACAAUGACCGGCUCGACCUCUUUUAUUGGUUAUUAGCGAUCCUGAGCUUCCUCAACUUCCUCAACUAUCUCUUCUGGUCUCGGUGGGUCUCUCGUGGCCCGGCUUCCUCGUUGGCGCCGUUGCAGCCUAAAGUUAAUCAUGACAUACCUUAGAAUGCAUGAUAUCAUGGGGAUUAGUUAAUUUGAAUCGUUAAUUAUAUUGCUCAUAAAUAAAUAUAUACACUUGGCCUAGAAGAAUCAAAAGAGCCAUGGAAGCUUUUGGCGCCCCCAGAUAUGAAUGCUUCCUUAAGGCUCUUAGAGAAAGAGUUGUAGCAGUAGUGCAUAAGAUAAGAAUGAUAUAUGGAUGCAAUUUGCUUCUGUUUUGCACCUACUCCUCACUAAUAUAUGAGGGAUUCACAUGAGUUCAAGAAGCUUUUAAAGAACUGUGCUUUUUAGACCUUCUGUGAGAUCUUUUCUUUGUGCAUAGAAUAUAAUAAGCGAAUAUUGAAUCCUUAUAAA